AUGUCGAAAAAAGCUGCAAUGACAUCGCCGGAUCAAUUACCAAUUAUUCCUGAGGCGCAAGUCAUUGAGCCCAUUGUUCAAUGUGGUGUUCUAUAUUUGGGCACAGCACUGCCAAGUCCUGGUCGUCGUGGGCUUGAUUCAGUUCAAGAACCAUUUGCACAUCGGUAUCCUGUCGAUGGAACGAAUACAGUCCGAGGUAUUGAUGCCGUACUAUCUAUUUAUGAGAAUGGCAUGCAAUUAGCAUUUGCUCGUCAACCUCAUACAGUAAUUUUUUUCCCAAUAUCAUCACUUCUCUAUUGUGCAAGUCUUCGUUUUUCUAUUGUUGAAUCUGAUCAAAUAUCACCGAUUGAUUGGCGUUUUAUAACAUUAGACACGACCGUUAAAAUUCAAAGUAAUCAUCCACCUUUAUUUUGUGCUGUCGUACAACGUACACAAAUCGUACCAGGCGACGAAUGUCAUUGUUUUAUAACGAAAAGUGAUGAUGCAGCACUUGCACUCGUUCGAACAAUAUCAGAAGUUUAUGCGACCCUGAAAAAUAAUGUUAAACCUUUCAAAUCACCCAUUUUCUAUCAGUUAGAUCGUUAUGGAAGAAAAGUUACUGAAACAACUGGAAUUAUUUAUAUAUCACCCGAUAAUGAUGAUGAAGCUCGGUCCAAAAAAAUUACAGAUCGUAAUAGUUCUAAACAUUCGACCGAUCGGAAUUGCUUGCUAGAUCCAUCAUCUUACGGGUAUUUCUAUCGUACGAACGCAAGUAGUAUAGAAAAAUGGGAAUUAUGGGGCGAUGCUGAUGUAAGUGAAUCUCGUCCUCGUCCUCCAGCUUCACCAUUUGGUCUACAUCAUGGUCUUUAUCAUGAUGAUUUAACACAAGAAGUUCAUCAUCAUCUAUCUCAUAUGGACGAUGAAGAUCGUUCGACUUCAUCGAGUUGUUCGAGUUCAUCGAGUGCAUCGGACCAAUACGAUCGACAUCGUCCUAGCAGCAAACAACAACAGAGUAAACAUGAAACAGAUCCAUUUAAUACAUUAGUUCCACAAUCACAAACAAGCUCAUUUGAUCCAUCGUUAACACCACAAUAUAACGUGCAGUUCAACACAAUUCAAAAACCACCGAUUGUUAUUGAAAAAGUUAUACCGAAUAAUCGCAUGAUGACAAUUCCUCAACAAGUUCCCAACUAUGGUUUUCAACAAGCUGAGCAAACUCAAAAUUAUGGCUUCCAGCAAGCUGAACAAACUCAAAAUUAUGGCUUCCAACAAGUUGAACAAGUUCCUACCUAUGUCUUUCAACAACCCCAGCAAGUAUUCAAUCCUUCUGUACCUAUACAAAAACCAGAUACUGACUAUGCUUCAAUGUGCGAUACCUAUUAUAUCAAUGAGCGAGGUGAAAAGAUCACGAGCGAAGGCAAUCGUAUUUUAUUUAUGGAUGUUAUUCAAGCAAACCCGACAGAUAAUGAUUUAGUACCAAAAUCUAAUGAAACAUCAAAAGUUCGUCCUCGUCGACAUCGCCGACAUCGCCAUCGAUUCAGCCAUAUACCUGUUCUUGAUGCUCAAGCUGUUGAAAGUAUUAUCAGCGAGAAAAAAGCUAAACAACAACAACGAAAAACUACUGGUGCCGACGAAAAAUAUUUGACAACAUCCGAUAUGUUAGAAAUGGUCGAUGAAUAUUUUGGAGAAUACAAAGGAAGAAAACGUAAAUCUAAAAAUCAUCCUGUACAAACAAAAUUUGAUCAUUUAGAAUUAUCAAAUAUACAAGAUUAUCAAGAUUCGAAUAGUUCAAAUAAUGACACUUAUCGUCGGCGCCGUCGAAGUCAUACUACGUUAACUGCUGGGCCAUCAAUUAAUUAUGUCGAACGUCAGCCUCCGAUGAAACAUGCAUCCGAACAAGCAUGGAUCGAACAUCAACAACAAUCGAAUUUUCCACCAUUGAAUAAUGAACAAGUCAAUGAAUACGUAACAAAUAUUUAUGGAACAUCGGAACAAGUAUCCCAAUCGGUUAAAUCACCUGCACCAUCAAUAAACAACCGUGAAGCUCAAGCAUCUCACAAUAAUACGCGUCCUGUUACGCCAACAAAUGAAGAGUUUAUUUCGCCAUUUCGAUAUAUGCAAAGUAGUGUUAAUCCCUUGUUAAUGCGUGAAUAUCAUAGAGCUCUUAGUGGAGUUCAAUAG